AUGAUAGGGUAUGCGGUUGUGCAAUCGGCUGAGGAUGUGAUUGGAGCUGCUCGCUCUCUAGCCGUAAAGGGAGAGCAUGUGGAGGCGGUCUACGCCGCACACGAACGUCUGGAGGAGGAUUUGGCGAACCUGCCAGUGAUGAUAGCUGAGUUGAGAAACCCCACAUCCUCUUGCUUGGAUCCAUGGGUGGGCGUCUCUGCGACACUGGAGUCUCUGUGUCAUGAGGUGGAGCUUUGUUUGCAGCUAUUUAGCAUAAGUGUUAGGGUUCAGCGAUAUAAGGCCCUGCGGACGGUUGCGGCCCUCUACGAUCAACAGAAGUCUUCCGCUGACCGUUUGCGGGGCUUUUUCCUCAUUAUAAGUGCAUCCUUUACGGUCGAUGCCACUGUGACUCCAAUGCCUGCCGUAAUUCUUCGGAAAUUCGCACAGGUGAUUCGCCCGUUUGACGCGAGCCAGGCCGCAGAGUGGUUGAAUGUCGGGAUUCAUAGCAUGCUCGAUGCGGCACGUUCUUCACAGGUGCCUGCUUCCUGUCCACCAUUGGGGAAGCUUAGUUCCCUCUCUGUGUUUGCGGGGAAUGGGGCGGCUGCUGCGCAGGUCAAGGCAAAGGGCGCAGCGACAUCUCUCAUGGUGUGUAUGUUGACUCUUUUGAUAAAGUGCAGGGCUGAGGCGGGGGAGGCGACGAUGGAAGUGCACACGCGGGAGAGUGAGCUGCGUGAAUUUUUGGAAGACGACGUCCUGAAGUCUUUGAUGCAGUUUGAAGGCGUCUGUGCCACAACAAUGCAGAAGAAGAAGCAACAUAUCCAGGCGAGAAUGGAGCGACGUAGCGCCACCAAGCGUGCGACACCCGCACCGAAAGCAGAGCGGGUUGACUCAAAAGACACCUGGGCGGGCACAGGUGGCUGUGCCACAUCUUAUCUGCAGCGGUUGCGCCAGAAUCUGGAGCACCUUUGGGACCCAGAAUGGAGGCGACACCCUGCUCGAAUUGUGAUGGUUGUCGCUGGAGUGAUUCUUCUCCUCCUUCUGACACGGCUCUUGGUUUCCCUCGUGGCUCGUGGAAUGCAGAGUUUGAAACGUACACCGUACGGGGCCAAAAAAAGACUUACUCUAUGA